GAGGACAAACUGGACAUGUCCACGCCGAAGAUGUACAGCUCCUUCAUCCCCAAUGGGCGGGCGGAGCCUCAUCUUCACACCCCCGUACACCAGGGUCUGCAGCUGGGAGACCCAGACCUCAACCUGUCACAGUCUCUGUCUCAGGGGGAUGGCGAGCUGUCCGGCCUGCCCACGCCUGACUCCACCCCCGAGCUCCCCAUCAAGAACAUGAAGGCUCUGCGGCACCAUCAGUACGAGAAGAACCAGAACUGCAACAACGCCAAGGACAACCUCCCCAAAUCCGGGCCCAGCUGCUCCGGGUCCAGCAUCGGCUUCAUGGCGGUCGUCGGGAACUCUUUGACCCAGCAGGUGUUUCCUUUCUCUCAUCACCACAGCAACAGUCUGAGCAACGGCGCCGCCCACGGAGCCGGAGCCUCUUCGACGUCGCUACACCUCCCCGAGGAGAGGAAGAUCUCCAACGACGAGCGAGCGGCAGCAGCAGCCGCAGGAGGAGGAGGAGGAGGAGGAGGACCGCCCCAUCACCAUCUCUCCCAGCAGUCCCUCCCUCAGGCGGUGGUGGACGUGUCGGCGCUGGACGAGCUCCUCAAACACAUCCACGAGGUCAGCGCGUCGGGGACCGGAGGCAUCAAGGUCCUCACCUCCACCUCCUCCUCCGCCCUGUUCCCCGGACCCUCCAAAGGUGGUCUCCAUCACAACCUUCAUCACCCUCUGCAUCACAGCCACCACACCCAGACCCGCACCCACCACUACAACCACAGCCAUCACCAUAGCAACCACCACAACAAUAACAACAGCAGUAGCGGCGGAGGUGGAGGUGGAGGGGGUCACCAUCACCAGCAGCAGAUCCCCGAGAUGGAGUCGCCGUCGUACUACAACACCUCCACCCUCCCCAGGGACGGCCUCCCUAAAUGCAUAGACGCACCUCCUCAGAACACCUCCUCCUCUUCCUCCUCCUCCUCCUCCUCCUCCAACAACCCCACCUCCUCCACCUCCAUCCCGUCCUCCUCCUCGUCCUCCUCCUCCACGCCGCUCCAGCAGCAGGUGAUCCCAGAGAGACCCGGAGCGAGCAACGUCUCAGUGACGCGCCACCACUCGCAGCGCCACUCCCUCAUCAAGAUGGGUGGUGGCGGCGGGGGCGGAGCUGUGCCGCGACACCACAGCUUCAACCAGCGGGGGGCGCAGCACGCACACUUCUUAGCCAGGAUGAACACCAACAGCAGCAGCAACGGGCCGCCGGGCGUCGGCGGGGCGGCGAACGCCAACGCCAACAACAACCGAGCGAACCAGCGCCCGUCCGUCUCCAGCACGUGUCUGACGCGGCAGCACAGCUACAGCGAGGGGCCGCACAUGCAGCGGGCCGCCCUCGUCCGGAGAACGGCGUCGCUCAAACCGCAAGUACCCCCCAAACCGCUGUUCCUCCCGAACGCGGCGACCUCACCGGUAGCAGAGGCGGGAAAAUACAAGUACUGAGACCCUGUAGGAGGAAGUGGCAACCAAAUCCAACAUGGCCGACGCCGCAGGGCCGUGAGACUCUCAUCACUCCUCAUCACGACCCCUUCAGGCGGGGGGUUCUUUUCCUGCUGCCGUGGCGCCUCCGCCGUCUGAGUCACGACGAGUCUGCGUGCUGAGCCACACACACACACACACACACACACACACACACACACACACACACACACACACACACUCAGAUGAUCCACCAAUAAACAAGAGCUCUGACUCAUUCCUUCAGCCGCUCAUGGCGACUCUCCCCGCGCCACAGAUCCAAACGGGCUCAGGCGAGUCUCAGAGACCGUCUUAAGUGGGGCGAGAGACUCUGAUGACGCAGGAGGAGUCCCACAGGCUCUGGAGGUGGCCUGGAAAAUUCUGGAUUAAUGCGGUUUUCUUCAGAGAGCUUUGAUCUAACGUCCCCCCGGUUGUUGCACUUUUGGCAUCGGGCCCAGACUUUGAGAAAAAGCAGGGACUCAAACUCCUGACACGGACCGGGUCUGCAGACUCUAACGGGGACUCUUCAGUCCUCUUCAGUGAGGACACACACACGCUGAGGUUUGUGUUAUCAGGAGGGACGCUGCAGACGACGGAGAGCUUUAUUCAAACCGACACAAAGACCCGUCUCUGCUUCACGGUCUGAAAUCUAAACGUCAGUGAGUCUCAGAUCCGAGCAGCGAGCUCUGACAGAAACAACAAACCAGCUGAAUGUUUUUUCCUUUUUGUACCAUAUUGGUAUCUGAACGGAGCGCUAACAGAGAGCUGAUCAAAGUCCCACUCCUUUACUUCAAUCACACAGGUCCCUUCACUUCACUCUGUAUGAGCUGGGACUUCAUUUAACCCUUCACUCUCCUCCAUGCAUCCAUGAAGAGUGAAGAUCCCCCUGAAGGAUCCAUAUGAAGUCCUACAUUCACAGAAAAACUCAAACAUUUCCAAAGUUAUAAAGUCCGACACUUUCCAGAAACAACUCAGAAAACUUAACAUUUUCAGGUUUAUAAAGUCGUAGAUUCAAGGA